AUGACCACUUCGUGUUCGUACAACACUACCUCUCUCUUCUCACUUCGUCCUCAAGCCAUCCGUCCUUUACUUCAUCGCUGCGCUUCUGCGGAACGACUCAAUCUCUGGGUUCCAUCUGCGCAACAGAACGAGCGUGGUCACACACAACCCUUUCCUUUCGAGCAUUACAUCCAAGGCAUCGGCACCAUCAUCACUUCUGCCAAUCACAUCAACGAAAUCUUCGCCGACAUGUCUUCGGAUACCCCAUCUGGUGACCCUUGGGCCAUCGUCGAACCAUCUUCAGUCGAACAAGACAUAACUCCUCCUACCAUCGCUGACGCCGCUGAGGCUGUCGUCGCCGAGCAACCCACCGAGGGAGCCACUAGUGAAACUCCUGCUGACGCUCUUUCCACUCCGGUCACCGAAGUGCGCAAAUCCUCGCUUGCCGAUCUUGCCAACGGAGACCUUCAUGUAGUCAAGGCCCAUCUAGCUGAACGUCUGGGCCCUCAUAGACUUCUCUCUCGCUUCAGCAGUACCAGCCAAAAGUCCGACACUGAGCUCAACGGCGCUACUGCUGUCACCAACAGCAUCGCCCCUAACACCAAUGUUUUUGAGCCCGAUGGUGCUGCAUCAAUCGUCGACGAUUCGACUUCCGUCGCCUCAACCAAUGUUGUGGCCACCAAGGACGAAAGCACUCAGACUGCUCCUGAUACAGAUGCUUCCAAGCUCUUCAGAGCCACACCUGCCAGCUCUGUGACCGAUGGCGACAAGUCUCUCGUUCACUCUCCUGACAUCUCUCCUCGUGCUGUGCGCAAAGCUCCUCCUCACCACAGACUGAAGACUUUGACCUUGGCCCAAGACGUCUCUCCCGACCCGGCUGCUAAGUCGUCUACCAGUGACGAAGGCCCUGCAACCCCCGUCGCUACCGCCAUCGAGCUCGAGCCUGUUAUCAUUCAGAACACUCCACCCGCACCUCCUGCUAUCAAGGAUGAUGACAACAACGAGUCCGACACUUCAAGUGUUAUCAUGACCGAAUUCCCCAGCUCGUUGUCUAACAAGGAAAAGAACCUUGAUCCCAAGGCCGAAGCGUGGGUUCCUGAUGACACCGUUGGUCCCCUUCCACCAUCCCGUCCUGAGUCGCCGCUUAGCGUCAGCCGUGACUCCGAGGCAUUCUUCAUCAAUGAAUGCUGCCCCGUGCCAGGCGAUUGGUCUGUGCCUACAAAAAUCGGAAGCUUCGCCAAAGGCAUCCUUUUCGAUGGUCUCAUGGUUGGUAACGUUUACAAGACAGUUCUGGCCCAUUACUCCCACUAUUUCGCUACUGCUUUUGCUUCGGGCAAGGAAGAAGAGCUCGAUCGCGUCUUAAAGAACUUUUCUUUUGAUGUGUUCCGUCAGUGGAUCUUCGGCCGCAACGAACUUCCCGUCAAGUCUAGCGAUGACCUUAAGGUUCUUGUCCAACUCUGGCGCUUCGCUGCACGCAUUCAGGCCCCUCUCUUCGCCAACACCGUCGCCAAUGCCAUAGUGAAGAAGGCCAUCACCGCCGACGACAUCAUCGAUGCUGGUGACGAGAUCGAUGCUCUUCUGCAGAUGGUCAGUGUCAACAACACCUUCCGCCUCCUCAUCAGCCACGUCGUCAUCCUUCGCGACAUCCAGCCUGACGAGAAGUGGCCAAAGUCGCUUAUCUUGUCAGUCUUGAACUGCUGGGAGAUGGGCAAGAACACAUACGAUGACAUUCAGCGCUGCUCUCAGACUCCUUGCAUCUAUCACCUCCACUCGUCGGACCACACUUGCAUGUCCGAGUAG